AUGUACGAGCAAUUGUAUGAGGAUGGAAUUCUCAUAAACGUGUCCGAUGAAUCCUGCGGGCAGAGCCACGCGGACAUCGGGAGAGCCAUAGUGCUCCCGCAAAGUGAAAGUGCCACAAGCGGCAAUAGAAACUUAACUUUGAGCCUUCGUUACGUUUAAUGAGAGCAUGUGCUCUCGCUUCAGAUCGCUCUAAUGCUGAUUGGUUUUCGCGCAGAGAAACAGAGAGAGCUCGAAUUUGUUCGCGGGCUUCCAAAAGGUCGUGAGACUGAUCACGACGAGCUGAAUAUAGCUCAGAUGAUGGAGAAGAAUGAGGCACAUGACGGUCAAGCGAACGAGAACGCACAUUAUAGGAAGGGGUACCUGUAGGCCUGCGCUGAUUCCGUGGCGAUGGGCAUUGUCGAGCGAAGUGUCCGGUGCCUCCACAGUUGUAGCAGGGUUGAGCUGGUCCUCCUUGAGUGUCUCGAGAGUAGCCACCGUUGCGCUGCCUCUUUGAAACCGCUUGUUCAAACGACAAUGGGUUAUCAAGUUUGACAUAAUACCUGAUAUCUGGACGAAGGCGUGCGACAAACUCCUCCAAGACACGCUCCUUCUGGGUAGCUGGAUCCUGUCCUGUGGUGGCCUGUUUGUUGCUUACAAGCAGACAGGGCUUGCCGCGCCAUGUACCUGUGCUGGGGACCCUCAAACGACUUCCUGAGGUGGGCGACGAUCGCGUCGUAG